AAGUCUUAAACCAAGGCAAUUUAGAUUAUUUAAGAGAGCAGUUUGCUAAUUCUCAACCAAAGAAUCAACCAAACGAGAAUAAAACUGCUACUCGUUAUGAUAAUUUAUUUGCUAAUUUAAGUAAGGAAGAUCAAGAAAGGGAAAAGAAAAAGCAGGAAAGACAAGCAGCCAAAAAUAAAUUUGAAGAAGCUGAACGACAAAGAAGAGAACAAAAAUUAGCUGAAAAGGAUAAAAAACUUAAAGAGGAUGAAAAAAAGCGACAAAAAGAAAAAGAACUUGCUGAUUUAGAAGAAAAAAAACGAAGAGAAGCCGAAGCAGCCCGACAAAAAGCCUUACAAGAAGAACAGGAAAGAAUUUUUCAAACUAAGUUAAAAAAUAUUGAAGAUGCUAAAAAAAGAGCCGAAGAGGCUUUGGAAAAUCAGAAAAAACAAAAUGAAUUAGCCGAAAAAAAGAAGAAAGAUGAAAUUGAGAAAUUACAAAAAGAAAAUGA